AUGUUUCCUUUACCAGAUACAAAAGAACAUGUUUCGUGGCGGACAUGGGGAUGUCGCUGGCGCUCGUCCGAUAUAUUUAUUCUCAGCAGCAUGUCCAUGGCAUUAUUCACUGACGAAAUGCUUUUCGCCUUCAUGGUCCCACUGCUCCCUCACAUCUUCGAGAACCGCCUAGGGCUAGACACAUCCCUCACCCAGCGAUUGACCUCCAUAUUUCUAGUCGAAGGAGCGUUGAUAUCUAUCGCCUCGAGUCCUUUUAUCGGGAAUUUGGCCGACAGAGCUAGCUCCAAGAAGGUUCUACUCCUAGUAUUGCUAAUUCUGACGCUGAUCAGUGUACUAUGUCUAUCAAUCACUACAUCCCUGACGUGGCUCUUCAUCGGUCGGUUCUUCCAAUGCAUCGUCAGCAACGCAUUAUUCAUCGUCGGCAUGGCUACAAUGGCCGAGAACAUUGGGUCAGAACACAUGGGCAAGAUAGCAGGUCUGACCUCGACCCUAGUCUCAGCUGGAACAUGCUCUGGUCCUGUCAUUGCUGGGUUUCUCUUUGGAAUUGGAGGAUACUGGACAGCCUGGGCUGGCGCGGCUAUAUGUCUCGUCGUGGAUAUAAUUAUGCGUCUGCUCAUGAUUGAAAAACCGCAGAAACGCCGCGAUACAGCCUGUCAGAGUCGCAAUGGAUCUCUGUGUCCCGAAGAACAUGAGCACUUGUCUGACACAGAGCCCCUCCUCAACGGAGAUCGAUCAUCGACUACCGAGGAAAUUGGCGGUUGGCGGUUUUAUAUCUGCCUUUUCCGCCAACCUCGCUUUACGGCGGGGAUUGCCAGCUAUUUUGUCUUUGCGCUCUUUAUUGCCAGCUUCGAGUCUACUAUUGCAAUGCAUGUCCGGUACGCUUUCGGUUGGGGUGUUUUCCCGGUUGGGCUUUUGUUCGCGUCUAUUCAGGGACCGGGGAUGAUUUUGGCUCCUUUGGUUGGGGUGUUGAAGGAUCGUGUGGGAUCGAGGGUUCCCACCACCAUUGGAUUUAUCUCUAUUGCGCCUUUCCUAUGGGUCCUUGGAGUUGCUGGUGAUGAGCGCUUUCCGUGGGCUACUGUGGGGACCAGAGGGAAGAUCAUCUAUUGCGUCUGCACGACUAUGAUUGGGUGUUUUACGUGCUUGCUCAUGGGGUUGGGAACGAUGGAGGCCACCAGAACCGUUGAUGAGUUGGAGACCUUGCAUCCUGGCAUAUUCGGUCCCUAUGGAGGGUACUCUCGUGCGGUUGCAAUCACAAAUAUGAGUUGGAUGUCUGGUCUACUAGUGGGGCCUAUAUUGGCUGGAUUUAUUGUUGAAAGGUUUGGGUAUCUUGAUCUACAGUGUGUACUCGCGGUCACCUCCUUGCUGGCUAGCGUCAACGCUGCCAUCAACCUCAAUUCGGCUAGUCCUCAAAAGGACGAGUAUGAUAGCGACUUUGGGACUGAUGAACCCUAG